UGCUUGUUAAAAUUUUAACUGUAACUCCCACUGUAGCUCUGCAGUGUAAACAUAAAGAAUAUUCAAAAUGAAUUAUUCUCUUAUUAGUUUGUGUAAAAAACAUUUAUUUAAAUUUUCUACUAGAAAAUUCUCAGGAAACUCAGUUUUGCACUCAGUUAGUAAAGAAACUGUAGAAAGCUUGGAGAGAUUGGCAUUGGUGGACUUCUCAACUGCUGCUGGCAUUCAGAGGCUUGAGAAAUCAAUACAGUUCGCUGAUAAUUUAAUGGAAGUCAACACAGAUUCUGUUGAACCACUGAUUAAUACAGUAUAUGACAGAAACGAAAAUCUUCGAAAUGAUGAAGCUAAGACAAAUUUCAAUAGAAAAGAAUUAAUGGAAAUUGCACCUGUGUCAGAAGAAUUUUAUUAUGUUGCUCCAUUAGGUACUUAUUCAACAAAUCAACAAGAUAAAAGCUAACCGAGUACUAGGCUUAAUAUAAAAUUAAAACAGAAAGUUAUUUAAGAAUCUAUUCAUGCAUUUCAUUAUAACUGAUUUGUCUUUUACAAUGAAUCUUCUCACUGUAUAUAAUGUAGUUUUAAAAAAAGACAAUAAAUCUAUUAUAAACCAC